AUGAAAGCAUCAUGUUGUGCUAGUUUUGGCACAAGCUUCUAUAAGGCAAAGCCUUAUUUGUUAACGGUGGGAUUGCAAUUUGGGUUCGCCGGAGCAUACCUCUUCUCCAUUGCCAGUCUCAACCAUGGAAUGAACCGUUUUGUCUUCAUUUUCUACCGCAAUGCCAUAGCUGCACUUGCACUCGCUCCUUUUGCAUUCAUUUUUGAGAGGAAAUUUAGGCCAAAGAUGACACUCCGUGUCUUUUUACAGAUAAUGGCGCUCGGAUUUUUGGAGCCAGUGGUUGAUCAAGGCUUCACUUUCUUGGGAAUGCAAUAUACGUCUGCUUCAUUUGCAUCUGCUUUAAUGAAUGCUGUGCCCUCUCUCACUUUUGUGCUUGCCGUAAUUCUAAGGUUAGAGCGUGUAAAUAUGAAGGAGCUACGUAGCUUAGCGAAGGUGAUUGGGACAUUGGUAACCUUUGGAGGUGCUUUGUUAGUGACACUCUACAAAGGCCCACAAAUCCACCUUUUUUAUUCUCCAAACAAAAGUCACCACCAAGAAGCAAGUCACUCCCCUGAGGGUAUCCGGCACUGGGUCUCGGGGACUCUCUUUCUACUCUUGGGUUGUGUGGCUUGGUCAUCUUUCUUCAUUUUACAGUCCUUAACAUUGAAAAGGUAUCCAGCAGAAAUUUCACUCUCCUCUUUGAUCUGCUUCGUGGGUGCUUUGCAAGCUGGAGUUGUUGCAUUGGUGGCCACGCAUCACUCUGGGCCUCAAUCAUGGGCCUUGGGCUGGGACUUCAGGCUAUUCGGCCCCCUCUACACGGGAGUAGUUACCUCAGGAAUUACGUACUAUGUGCAAGGGUUAGUAUUGCAAAGCAGAGGCCCUGUAUUUUUAACAGCCUUCAACCCUCUCUGCAUGAUCAUAACUUCUGCUUUAGGCUCCUUCCUUUUUGCAGAGCAACUUCACUUGGGCAGUAUCAUUGGAGCCAUCAUUAUCGCAUUGGGUCUUUACUCAGUGGUGUGGGGUAAAGGCAAAGACUAUUCGAACUCCAUGCCAUCAUCACCUACAACAAAGCACACGGAGACACAACAGCUUCCAAUGACCUCAUCGGAUAUCUAA